AUGACAUUUCUGCUCUUUCUUGCUGCAGCUGUGACAUUUUGUAAUGUCACCUCCGCGAAGAAGCUGGCUCUGAUUACGGGCCUGAAUGGUGGGGGGGUGUUGACCGGGUUGAAUGGGGGGGUGUUGACCGGGUUGAAUGGGGGGCUGUUGACUGGGCUGAAUGGGGGGCUGAUAACUGGGGUGAACCCGGGGCUGGUACUGAACCCUGGCCUUCUGAACGGGGGCAAUGCCCUCAUCGCCCAGCCACAGCUGGCACAGAUGGCUCCUGGUGUCCCAUUUGUUAUGCAGCCCCCUCAGUUUGGGUUUCCCCAAGCUGGGGCUCAGCAGCAGCAGCCACCACCGCAGUUUGCUUUUCCAUCUGGCAAUGGGGGAUUUCCUUAUUUUGCUGGUUUUCCUCAAGGCCAACCUGGAAUGUUUCCUCCACAACAAGCUGCGGGUGGGAAUGCUCAGCAGCAGCAGCAGCAGCAGCAGCAGCCGAAUCCCAACGUGAGGAGAUUCAAGAGGAUGCUUAGAAAACUCCAAAAAACCAGUGUUGGUGUGACUCAGGCUCCUCUUUCUAUUGAGACUACACCUCCAAGCCCAACCCCAAACACAGCUGCUGUGAAAGAUAUUCUGUGCACAGAAAAGAAAUAAGUUGACACCACCAGUGUUUGGUUUGGAAGAAUGUCUACACAGAUGCACAGAAAGACUUGUGAUCUAUACAAUGUUUUAGUUUUAGUCUGUUAUGCAUAUUAUGCUAUACUAUAAUUGGUGUGUGACAGAAGAAAAUAAAAUCUACUAUAUUGCAAAUAC